AUGGGCGUCACUCGGGAAAGCCAGUGCAGUAAGGGAAGCCGUCGGGGGCUUUGUGAGGCUUUCAGCUGGAGAGCAGCGGAGCCUUCUGCUCUAAGGGAGAGGGGAGAGGCCAGCCGGGGUCGUCUGGAGGAGGAGGUGGAGGAGGCCCCGAGGCGGCCCCGGGAUGCCUGGCUCCACCUCGACUCCGGGCUCCCGCGGGGAGCGGGCCUGGCUUCUGGGAGCAGAACCCCGAGCGGCAGCAGCCGUCGGGGUUGUGGCGCGGAGUCAGCCAGACAACAAGGGGAAGACGUAGUAGCUGCGGAGGGGACUGGGGACCGGGACCGCCUGCGAGGGCGCGCAAGUAACCCCCGGAUCUUCAAGGGUGGAACAAACACAGCUGGGGCUGCCAGCGGGGGCACCCGCGCUCGGCUGACCCAGCCCGUGCGGGUCGCUGGCUCCGGGCAGCUCCAGGCUUCUCUGAAGGUGGACCCGCACGGGGCCCCCAACUUCACUUGGUCCUUUAACCUCUCCGGCCCUCUCUCCCCCCUCGGGAUUGGUGAGCAAAUGUCGGUGACAAAAGCCGCACCAACACGGAAGCCACCCCCUAGCCAGGAUCACCGUCGGUCCGUCGGGUCCCGGGACCCACUUCAUCCCCUCGCCCUGCUCCCGGCUUUCCUCCUGCUUAACCCCGGGGGUUACGUCAAUACGCGACCCCUGCCGCUCCACAAUUCCUCUUUGAUCAGCGUGGACGGCCGGACACCGCUACCGGGCGCGAGCCGCCCUUUCCCAGGCCCCCCGAAGCACCGAACCCGGGGCCGGGAGGGCCGCCUGCGCCCAGGACCCCCGAUUCCUCACCGGAGGCUGCGGGGUCCCCGGGAGCAGGACGGACGAUCGCCGGGGUCCCAGCCUCACCCGCGCGGGGGGCUACGCCAGGCCCUCCAGCGGCCCCGGGACGGCCAUCUGACGGCUGAAGACGGGCCGGGGGGCCGGGACACCGCGGCUGCCGUGACGGCUGAGGUGCGGACACCCCGGUUCUGCUCCAAGCCCACUUCCCCUCCCCCACGCAGAAUCCCAAGGCUGCUGAACCCCGGGGCCGGGCGGGGGGCAGGGGGGCGGCCCCUCCCGGCCUGGCCCGCAGCCCCUGCCCUGCCCGCCCUCGCCGGCAGCCACGGGCCCAGCCAGGUGCCGCCGGCCACGCUGAACGGCCACCGUCCUCGGCGCCUCGAGGGCUGGCGGCGGGGACUUCAGACGCCGGCAGCCGGGGAGCCGCGCCCGACGGCGAGAGAGGCAGCUGGCUUCCGACGGCCACAUUGCUCCCGGGCUGCGGGGAGCCCGGGCCCUGCGGUCCUAGGGUCGCCCGAGAAGCACGAGCUGCGAGGAUCCCGGUGUGAGAGCAACCCCGGCACAAGCAAAAACACAGCGACGGGAGAGCCUGCUCCAAAGACAGCUGGAGUGGCGGAGUGCCUGCCAGACCCACAGCCCGGCACCGAGUUCAAGACCCCAGGAGAGCGUAGCAGCAAUCACAACGACAACCAGAGUAAUAAUAAACCUUCGCCCCUCGCUGCGGUGUACCUUCCAACUUCCCGGGGCUCCAGCGGGGGCCCCAGUGUCUCCAAACCCCAAGACUCCGGUGGUCAGCCUGCCCCCGGGGGCUGCGCCCGGCCCUCGGCUCUGUGCUCAGCCAAAGCUUCGCCCCGGAGCUCUGUGCGCCUAGGGUUCCCGCACUAG